GAUGAGUGCAUAUUACCGCUGUACAUAAACGUAUACAUAAAUAAUAUUUGCGUAUUAAAAAUACAGCGGAUGAGAGAGGCCGAUCAUCGAAGGUAACAUACGACGAUAGUGGAGUUUGACAAAUUGCAAGCAACGUGUAUCAGUAUAGUUAAAAGUGUACAGUUCUCGCGGUGUUCAGUCUUCGUAAACACGGCGCCAUGAUGUUCUCGAACGCCAUAACACUGUUAUACGACGUUUCGUUCUUUCUAAGGAUAAAUAUCUGUAGCUGAAACUGCAUGCGAGAAACGGAGUAAAUAAAUAUCGCAGGGAACAGUUCGCUACGUUAGAAUAAAUUUUUAGAUACUCAAUUCUGGGUGAGUACGCGAGAAAGUUUCGAACGUUUUCUGAAAUUCUGAACGUUCUCUGUUAACUAUUGCUCAUUGCAAAUACCCCGACCGCCACGGAAACGAGAUUGAAAGACGGAGAGAAGAUAAGGUGGAAGAGAGAGACAGAAAGAUUAUGUACGCUGCGAGUGGCGAUACUGUAUUACAAGAAAAUUUGCUUAGAUGUUUAUCGUGUUCGUAGAACUGUUGUCAUUAAAAAUACGAUAAAGUCAAGGUGUGGAAUCGAUAAAUUCGCGGAUAUUUUUAAUUGAUUGUGAUGGCGAGAGGUUGGCGUCAAGAAUGUGGUAACAGGAGUGGGAGAUUGUAGUAAAAACAAUGCUGGAUCGCUAGGCCAUUGUACGUUGUUUAGGAACAGAAAUACCAUAAGAACAUCAUAGAGAUAGUUUACAUAUUACAGUAUUUUUAACAUGGAUGAUGAAGAAGGAUCAUCAAGCUCUGGACCUAUGUCUUCGUUGAACAGUUUAUUUUCAUUUACUAGUCCUGCUGUGAAAAAGUUGCUUGGUUGGAAACAGGGUGACGAAGAGGAAAAAUGGGCAGAAAAGGCAGUGGAUUCUUUAGUAAAAAAAUUAAAAAAACGAAAAGGUGCAAUAGAAGAAUUAGAACACGCUUUAAGCUGUCCAGGAACGCCUAGCAAAUGUGUUACAAUUCCAAGAAGUUUAGAUGGUAGAUUGCAAGUUUCACAUCGUAAGGGUUUACCGCAUGUAAUUUAUUGUCGAGUGUGGAGAUGGCCAGAUUUGCAGUCACACCAUGAAUUGAAACCUUUGGAAUUAUGUCAGUACCCUUUCUCUGCAAAACAGAAAGAAGUUUGCAUCAAUCCUUAUCAUUAUAAAAGAGUGGAAAGCCCAGUACUACCACCAGUUCUGGUUCCUAGACAUUCAGAAUAUGCUCCAGGACAUUCAUUGUUACCAUUUCAACAAAUAGCAGAACCAACAAUGCCACACAAUGUGUCCUAUUCUUCUAGUGGAUUCAAUGCUGGAUCCACUGGUGGUGUAAAUCCAACUUCACCUAUGUCUUCUGUUGGGUCUGUUCCAAGUCCAGGAAGCACAACAUCACCAAAUCCACAAAGUCCAUAUGGUACUAAUGGAUUACCAGAAACUCCACCUCCAGCAUAUUCCCCGCCUGAAGAUGGUUCACAACCUGGACAAUCACCACCACCUGAUCCAGUAGCAAUGGAUACAAGUGGAACAUCAGAAGUAGCUCCAGUGUGUUACCAAGAACCGCCUUAUUGGGCCUCUAUCGCAUAUUACGAAUUAAAUUGUAGAGUGGGUGAAGUUUUUCAUUGUCAUUCUCACUCUGUUAUUGUGGAUGGUUUUACAAAUCCAAGUAACAACUCUGAUCGUUUUUGCCUUGGACAGUUGUCUAAUGUUAAUCGAAAUUCUACUAUUGAAAAUACAAGAAGGCAUAUAGGCAAAGGAGUGCAUCUGUAUUAUGUAGGUGGUGAAGUGUAUGCAGAAUGUCUCUCUGAUUCUGCUAUAUUUGUGCAAUCUAGAAAUUGUAAUCAUCAUCAUGGGUUUCAUCCUAGUACAGUUUGUAAGAUUCCACCAGGAUGUUCAUUGAAGAUAUUUAAUAAUCAGGAGUUUGCUCAGCUGCUUUCACAAAGUGUUAAUCAUGGUUUUGAAGCUGUCUAUGAAUUAACAAAAAUGUGUACAAUAAGAAUGUCCUUUGUUAAAGGAUGGGGUGCUGAGUACCAUAGACAAGAUGUUACAUCAACACCCUGUUGGAUCGAGGCACACCUACAUGGACCCUUACAGUGGUUGGAUAAAGUGUUAACACAAAUGGGUUCUCCUCAUAAUGCUAUAAGUUCUGUGUCAUAAUUUGUGUUUCGUGUUUAAUUGCAAGGAGAGAAAAAAAAUAGUGAAAUGUAGAAAGAAACCUGAUGAUUCAAGAGCAGUUUUUAAUAUUACAUAGUGCGAUAGUAAUAUAGACAUCAUAAGAGAUUUAAAGAAAGAAUAAUGAGAAUGGUAAGCAAGACAAUGCUGUCCCAAUAUGAGACUUAUCUCGUGUCUGCGCAACGAAGAAAAUUGAUAAUAUAAUUCUUAUGAAAAUAAAGGAUUGCAAAAGUCAAUAAGUAUUGAAUGUGAUCCUUGAUACGAAAAUUUGAGAGAUCACGAUGUACGCGCAAAAGCUGUACAACUUUUGGCUGUUACAUAGGGAGAGAAUUAUAGUAAAAGAUAUGUCUUAAAUAUAUAUGAAAAAUCAUAUUUUUCAAAUCUAUUCAACUACUUCUAAUACUUUAUUUUAUAUGGAAAAUUGUUGUGGAAAUAUUUGCCAGCGCUAUAUCAUGAAUGCUUCGCUAGAUUUGUUUUGAGUCUUUUUUUAUCAUAGGUGAACAAAUCUACCAAUAUGGAACGAAGAUAAAUAAUUACCAGUCAAUAAGGAGAAAUAAUUCAGAUUUCAAUGAUAUAACAUUUUUAAUGUUUACAGUUUUAAACAGAAUACGCGUGCUUUUAAAGCAUCUGAUUUAUGCCUAAACAAGCCUUAGACUAUUCAAAUUUAUUACUAUAAAGACUGUAAUCUAAGGAUUAUUAAUUUCGAUUUUACUAAUAGUAAUGCAAUUAAUAUUUCAAUAUAGACAUCAGAUGCUGAUCUCACGUUGACGUUUGAAAGUUAACUGCAUCCGAUGACAUAUUGGAAUAUUAACUUUAAUAAUGCAAAUAAAGAAUAUUUUUUGUGCAACGUUCCCUAACAUUCAUAUAAUGUAAGCCUUUGGAUGUAGCCUUAUAAGAAACUAAUGUGACAACUAACACAGAGUCAUCUACCUACUUGCUACUUGUCAGAUUUGAGAGUAAUAUAAGAAUUAUAUAUUAGCUUUGCACUUUUCAGAAGUGUUUGCAAAUUUCAGACUUUGGCAAAGGUUAAUGUACAUACAAAAAGUAUAAUAAUUAUAUGGCAUCGUGUGCAAUUGAAAUAAUUGGUGUUAUAUUUGGUACAAAACGAUGAAAAUUUUAUAAGUAGAAUUCUGAAAAGUGCCAAAAUCGUAUGUAUGUGACGCUCUUUAUUUAAACUAUGCCAAAUCAUAUUGAAUGUUACGUGUAUUAAUUUUCUUACGAAAAAUGAAUUUUUUAUAAAAAAUAUUUACUUCAAACAGAAUGUAAUUCACUUCAUAUAUUUUAAUGACCGAUGUACAAGUUCUAUAAGAAGUCUAUACAACAUUGUGUGUAACAAUCGCGUGUCACAUACAUUCGGUAAUGAGCUAGAAAGGUCAUAUGAAUAUUUAGUUCGAAUUCAGUGAAAUCCGAGAUACCGAGAGGACUUUCACAUGAAAGAUUUGGUAUUAAUAAUGGUCUUGUCUGUAUCUUUUUAUGUAUUUAUGACAGAACAUUAAUUCCAUGAUAUAAUUGUUCGCAAACACCAACUCCUUGUUUAAUUUUUGCAUGAAGAUACACAGGUAUUACAAAGCACAAAUUUUACUUAAUAUUUUAAAAGUGAUUGCCUGUGGCAUAAUGUAUAUUCCAAUGAUCUUCUGGCUUGCUGAUAAAUUCAUAACUAUUCAUCAGAUUACUUUUAUGUAUAUCCUACGUAUAUUUAAAUUAUAAGUAUGAAGAAGGUAUACGGAUCAUAUAACGCUAUCUAAGAGUACUUGAGAACUGUGAAACAGAAGUCACUGCCGCCUGUUGUUACUUAUUUGUCGAUAUACCUAGCUGUGAUUCUUUGCUACCAAAUUUAACAAAUUGCGCGUGGGUGAUCAACGAUGAUAAAUGUUUUUUGCUUCGUCGAAUUAACGAAUGUAAUAAAAAAAAUAAUUAAACCUAUGAAUGCAAAUCGUACAAGGAAAUAUGACAAUAACCCGUUAUGAGAAAAAUAAGACGAUCUUAUACACGGCGAAUAAAAAUAUUCAAUCGGAAGAAUAUUUAUCGUUCCACUUACCGUUUCUUCGUGAUCACUUGUGAAAUCAGUUUAGUUGAAACGAAAGAAUAUUUUUCACCGAGACCACCACUCUAGAUAAUAAUUGGUGUUGAUGAAAUUUUUAAAUAUGUACACCGAUCGAAACAAAUGUGAAAUUAAUGUUUUAGGUAUGUCGAGCUUGUCGCACUCGUAACGAGCAACAAAUGCUUUAUUGCAAGAUGUAUGUAUAAAUAGUUACAUAUAUAAUACCUAUACUUGGAGCUUUUACUCUUUGUUGGUAUUUCGAUUUCUUUAUUAAUGCAAGCACAAUAUAUUACGAAUCUCGUUUCCAAAUCACCUGUUAAUCGCUUCUUCGUUGCUACUCUUUUUCAGAUUACUAAUUGCGAGAAGGCCUGGUUAAUGUUACACUAAAGAACUAUAAUGCUACGACUUAUAUACUUAAGUACAUACCGCCCAAGUUGUGCCUUGGAUGCCUUUUACAUUCUAUACACGCCUUAUAAUAUUGUAAUCAUAAACGUAUUAAAUUUAAAUUUAUUAUAGCAUGUAACAUGGCGAAUGGAUGCAUUGUUUGCCAAAUAACGCUUAAAACAUUGCAAAAUGUUGUAACGUUAUAUAUAAAAUCUGUCUUCUAUCUACAGCCCUGAACUCUAAACGUAGGGAUAUAUUUAAAAAAUAUAAUAGUUUUCCAGAGAAUAAAUGUAUUUAUAUACACGUGAACGUAUAUGAAUCGACUAUUUACGAACGGUGAUUUGGAAAGGGACUCGUAAUCAUCCUAGAUGUCAGUCAGUGUAAAUAAAUUUUUUUAGCUGUAACAA